AUUACUUCUUUGAAUAGCCGUCAAAAACCUUCAAAGCCGUCACUGGGAGGCCGGUGACGCGCUUUCUCCGCAGGCGCCGACUAAAGGGGGGAGCGGAGUCUCAGCGGAGCCCCGCGCCGGGAGUCGAUCAAGCGGCCGUUGACGUCAAUGAGCCGAAACUCAGGUGCGGAGAUGCGGCCGGGGCCGGAGGAGAGAGCGGAGAUCGCAGACAUGACUCAUGUAAUUGAGUGUUGACGGCUGCAGACACUGGCAUGCUCUCACACACACGGGCGCGUCACGACCAGCAUCGGGAGCGGCGAGCAGAAAGGCGAGUCUAAUAAUAAAAAAUUACCCAGCAAAUGCCCGCUGACAGACAUGCAAACGACCUGUCGUCGCCUCCCCCAGCCAACAGAGGUGUUGAUCGCCUGUCGCUGUUGUAUGGAUGCGACUGAGCCGCCACCACUCCGCAGCCCCCUCUGGCUCCGUGCGGAUCCCCGGCAGCGCUGACGUCGCUGCCCGCAUUCCGCGCACGCUGCUUGCGGCCGGCAUAUUGCUCAGGAGGAGGAGGAGGAGGAGGAGGAGGAGGCGGCAUGCCGGACCAGCUGUGGAUGGGUUUCAUCGCGGGUGCUGUGUUACUGCUGGGAACCUGUCAGGAGACGGCAGGAUUCUCCAGCUGGAGCAACGGCACACUGCCGACCGCGCCAUCCUCCCCACCAUCCCGAGUUGGAAGCGGAGGAGAGUCCUUGAACUGGGUCUCCAACAGAAAUCAUAGUAAUAACAACUACAGUGACAACGAAUACUUUAAAGAGGACACAACUAUUAACCAAACCCUACCAAAGAUUCAACAUAGCCUCAGAGAUGGAACCGCCGCAGACGCUGACAGUAAGAGCAGAGGUGCCAAUAAUUCUGGAACAGUAAGAGCACCAAACUUACCCCCGAGUAGGAAGGAGCAGGGCACAGACAAUACGGCCAGCUUGAUAUGUGCUUACAGGGUGAUGGAGUCAGGAGGAAAGGACCAGCUUUGUUUCAGGGACACCCAGCACGGGUUCCAAUGCCUGCGUGGGCAGUGCUACGAGGUGAGGUCCGCGGGCGGCCAGGUAGUAGCCAACGUGCUGGCUAACGGCAGCGUGCUAAUUCAGUGGGCGCAAGACAGCAAUCAGUGGUGGAGACAGAAGCUUCAGGGGGGACACCAAGGAGAGCACACAGUGGGUAAAACAGGGGAGAAAACAGUCCAGAGGAAAGAAGAGCAGAGGAAAAGUUUGUCCAGGAUCCCCCCGCAGAGUGGUGGAGUGGGAAAUGCCACCCGGCACAGAGGCUUUGGGCUGAGCUGCUGGUGGAACGGCAGUUACACUCAGUUUGAGUGUGCGGGGGUGCACCUCGGGGUUAGCUGCAGGGACUACCUGCUGAGCGACCUGCACGAGAACGUGCCGUACCGCAUCUGCCUGCGGCCCCUGGCCCCCCACUCGGCCCCCCCCACCAGCCCCCGAGGCGACGGUGACGACCCCGGCGAGUGCGUGGAGUUCACAGUCUCGCCUUCGGGGAUGCAGGACAUCGUGGUUGCCAUGACGACUGUGGGCGGGGCCAUCUGUGUGAUGCUGGUUGUCAUCUGCCUACUGGUGGCGUACAUAACGGAGAACAUCAUGAGCCCGGCGCCACAGCGGGCACGCCUUGCACCACACGCCCGGGCACCUGCCAGGGCCCUGUGCCAAACACGCACCUAACUAACACGAGUGAUACAGCAGGGGGCGGCGCACAAGAAUACCCAGGAAGGAACGUCAUGACUGUUGCUUUCGGCGCAUUGACUGUAUAUGGAACGCAACUGAGACAACGUCUCACCCUGUAAACGGGAACAUUAGAACAAGCUGCUGGACAUUAAACUAUUCUGAGUAUAGAAAAACAGACAAGAUAGUAUUUAUAGUAGUAUUCAUAGAUGGGCAUUCAACUAAAAUUACAUGUAUACUAGAUAGACAAGCCCUCAGCAAGUGCUCCAGGAACUAGUGAAGAUUAAAAAAAUAGCAGUGGUAGGUUGUAAAUUGUCUAGGUUAAGUAGCUUUAGUUAGUUUAGUAGUUUCAUUUUACACCACUGGGGGGCGACUCACUGAAAGAACCUUGAAUACCAACAUGGCCCUUCAGACUCUUGAGUUUUCCUAGAGGUGGAUAGAGGAAGUGCAAUAGAGUGUAUAGCCUUGCCUUACAUAUCUGGCUACGUUGACCUAGCGAUGUAGUUCACAUUGCGUGCUGUAGACUGUUGUGUGUCGACCUCAGGCUGGCUUACAGUCCCUGCAAUACUGUGCUAUUCUCCUGUAUUUUAACCGUCUUUUACAGAGAAUAAAGGAUCUACUAAAAUAA